AUGAUUUCCUUCCUCGCAUUCACAGCUCUUCUCUUCAUCUUUGUCAAAACCAUCGGCACAGCACCCCCAGAGCACAUCUUCCACAAACCCCAAGACUAUCAAGGCACUGGAGACCCAAGAGAAAACGCCCGGCGAUUCCUUGUCAACCAGCAUGCAUGGUACGAUGUGCACGAAACCAGUCGCAGAUGGGAUAUUUAUCUCGGUCUCUGGUCAGCCAAGCUCGUAGUCGCUCUGUAUGCACUUGUUACUGAGGGCCAUUUUCCAGGAACACUGUUUGAGUGGUCGGUUUACGUGGUGUUCUAUUUCUGCCUUACUGAGGUGUUGAUGUGUGUGGAGAGUCUUUGGGGGACUACUUGCGUUAUGUUUGGGUGGUAUAAUCUUCCUGCUAUGUGGUUCGACCUGUGA